AUGGAAGACAGGCAUUUGUAUACCGUCCACUUAAUUUCCACUCAAAACAAAGUUGUUUCAAUGAUGAAAACCAAGGGAUUAAGCAUGCUCACGCUGUCCUCCAUGCUGCCAACUUUCUUCCCUCCCCAUUGCGAUGGCACCAAAGAUUCCGCAGCUUCCCCGCCAACUCGGUUCCAUGUCAUCGCCUUCUACUUCUCCCUCUAUGUGGUUGCACUCGCACAGGGUGGCCAGACGCCUUGCGCGGCGGCAUUCGGAGCCGAUCGGUUCGGCGAGAUCGACCCUGAGGAAUGCAAAGAUAAGAGCUCCUUCUUCAACUGGUGGUACUUUGCGACGUGCGGGGGAUCGAAUUUUGCUAUGUUCAUCUUGAAUUAUGUCCAAGACAACAUGGGUUGGUCCCUUGCCUUUGGAAUCUCCGGCGUCGCCAUGGCGCUUGCUCUUGUUAUUUUCUUGACAGGGUCAAGAACAUACCGUCGCCAUCGGUUAGAACACAGAAAUCCCUUCGCUGAGAUCUUGCAAGCUUGCAUCGCAUUGAUUACCAGUCGGCAAUCACUUCCACUUGCUACAUCUAAAGAUGAAGGAAGAGAGGCAUUACUUGCACAUGCAGCCCAUCGAUCCAAGUAA